AUUAGCAGUCGUAAGCUUGACGUUAGUCCCAUACCAAAUAUUCAGAAGGCUGAUCCACGAGUGUCUCUACAUCGGAGAUAAUCGAUAAAAAUAGGAUUUUUUGAGUUUAGAGAACACCUGAACGUCGAGGUAACCUGUCGAUCAAUGAUGGCGUCCACUGUUUGCUCCGCUGGAGGUUUUUAUUGGUGAAAAUCUGAAAGGUAAGACGUUUAAGCGACUGACAAGCUAACAGGCUAAAGCUAGCCCUGGCAUGCAUUGUCGUUUCUCAUUUCCUGGAGGGUUUCAGUGCGUUUGUGCCUUCUAUUUGAGCUUUUAUCUUAUAAUUUAACACUAUUUUUUAAUUAUUAAAGCACAAAAUUAUUUUAAGAGUCUGCCUGUAUGAAACAUUAACUUUUCAAUUCAUAUUUUAACGCCAAUGGUUUGAAAUCACCUAAUUUCUUAGUCUGAUCCGAUUCUCUGCUGUUUGUAUUAGAAGAACUGUACAUGAAGAUGUCCUUUUUGUCUGAAAUUGAAGCAUAAUUAUGAACAUAUGCUUGUCUUUUUAUAUGUAUCCUGUGUUUCCAAUGAUAGACUUUAUAAUUAUUCGGUCACGGUAAUCUAGGUAUUGAUUUAUAGAUCGCUUAUCGGAUUUUAUGUUACUGACACAUAACUCUAUUUUAUGUGGUUUUAAAUGUGAAUAUAAGUAGGCGAAAGAGCACUCGGAUAUAUUACGACACUAAAACAAGAUAUCUAUCUAUCUAUCUAUCUAUCUAUCUAUCUAUCUAUCUAUCUAUCCAUCCAUCCAUCCAUUCAUCCAUCCAUCCAUCCAUCCAUCCAUCCAUCCAUCCGUCUGUCUGUUUUAUUAGAAAACAGUAUUCACCACAUUGGCUCUCUUUCUCUCUCUCUUUCCGUAAUCAUUGUUGUCAGCUUUUAUUAAGGAUUUUUUUAUUUGUAUUUUUGUAGCGUCUGCCUUUGACUGAUAGUUUUUAUUUUUAUUUUAAUGUUUGAGUUAGUGCCACCAUUGUCUAUCUUCUCAUGCCAACCUGAUUAUGUUUACAUUGGGAUUAAUGUCAAACUGGAGUUAGAUUAUGUGUAAGGGCCUACAAGCUCUGCAAAUGAAACUGGCUCUGAGUCUGGUAUUAAAUGACCUUAAACUGCGUAUCAUUUUGCACAUAGGGCUGGGCGAUGAAAUGAUAACGAUAUAAAUUGAAAAUGAAUUUCCCUCAAUAUCAAUGUAGAUCAUGGUCAAUAUCUUUUUUGUUAGACAGCAUUCUGCCAUGUUUAGGUAGACUAUACGAAGAGCCAAUGAAAAAGGGAGUUGCUCGGGGUCAAAUUCGCACUGAACCAAUCGUGCUGAAUUAGAACCUAGUAGCAAACGACUGCAUCGUAGCAGGCUGCAGCUACACACAACCAUAGCACUGUAACACGUGAAGCCGACAGCACUAUCCAUGAGAAAAAAGAAAAUGAGUGCUACCCCCAGCAGAAAUGCAGAUGAAGGCUCAACAGAUGAUGACAUUGUAGACAACAGUGGCACGAAAACAUCGGUGGUGUGGAGAUAUUUUGUUUUUUUGAGGUCGGACAUGAAGCAGCGUAAUGUGCACUACGCAUUUUGUUAAGCACAUGUUCUCACAAAGUCGGGAUAUAACUCAAAUCUUUUUCACCACCUGAAGCAGUGCCACGCAGCAGAGUGCGCACAUUGCAAAAGGUUACAAACCCUGAACAGAGCAAGGUGCCCAUGGCGCCUGUGCAGCCAAAACAGCCGACCAUUUCGCUUUCUCUAGUGCAACGCCUCACGACAAAUUGUCAAAGAGACCAAAAGACCUCACAGAUGCAGUAGCUUAUUGUAUUGCAAAAGACAUGCUGCCAAUAAGCACUGUGAAAUUUCAUUGAAGAGAAACAGGGAACAUGUAAGAUUGACAAGUGAUUUUUUUAUAUUGUGAUAUAUAUUGAUAUCGACUGAUAUGAAAAAAAUAUACUAUGAUAAAUAUUUUCCCAUAUCCCCCAGCACAGAUUUUAAAGUCUAGUUUGGAUGAGUCUAGAUUAAGAGAUGGAUGACUACACUCACCAGUAAACACUUAAAAUUUCAUGAGAGCAGGUUCCUGUCAGUGUUUAAGAAAAGGGAAGACAAAGACCAACAAAACUGUAAAUCAGAAUAUUUCUCUCCUAUCUAGAGACAGUUUUUAUUGCCAUGUAGAGUCUGUUCUAUCUGAUCUAAUAUAUCAGAGUUAUUGGUUUUAUAUUUUUACAGUGUGCAGGUGUAUGGGAGCAUACACACAUUUCUAAUCACCAACAAUAAAGCAAUUGUCUAAAGGACUGACCCUGUUCAGUCAGUCUAUCGCUGGUAGACUCACCAAGUUAUAUUGUGUUUGUCUUUGAAACUAUAUUGUGGUUUAAAUUGUGUGUAUUUGAGAGACUCCUUUAUUCCCUGGUAUUGUCAUGCUUGCUUCAUUAUUGGUUUGUGUGCGUAGUUGCUCCUCUAGUCUUGUUUAUUGCUUUUGUUUUAACCCCUGGGUUGUAUUUAAUCUGAUCUGCUGCUGAUAUUUGUCAUAAUAGUCUUGCUCAAAUCAUUCAUAGAUUAACCCUAUUGUUGUUUUUGCAACAGGCUAGUGUCUUUCAUGUUAACUUGUUGUAGUUUUGUGUCAGUGUCAGUCUGUCAGAACUAGGGGGUGCACGAUAUUAUUGGCAUAAUGUUCGUAUCAACAGAUGUGAGCAUUUCAGCAGAUAUAAUUUUCAGCCAAAAACAAGGUGCAUUAUUUGCACUUGUUUUUAUUUAUUUAUAUAUAUGUAUUUUCACAGAAAAGUAAGCACAUCUCUCAUAUCUUCAGCUUCUUCCUUUUAUUAUAAUCCAGAUUAGUGGUUAACUUUUUCUAUGGUCGACGCCAACAGGAAGAGAGCAGGCUGGCUGAUGGCUGAUAUGUAAUACUGAUAUCAAUUUGAUGUUGUUUUCAACAAUUGAGAAAAGACAACUAUUUAAUAAUUUCAACAAAUGAAAAACAAAACAGCUGAGCCUGAGUAGAAACAUUUGUUUAAAUAAUCAUGGAGACUAAGAUACUGGGCUUAGUAAAACACUGCAGUGAGGGACUGUUGGAUUUCUGUCUCAAUAAAUAACAUUUUUCAGCGUGUAAUUGUGUUUAAAUCCAUUUUUUCUGCACAUGUAGAUGAUGAGUUGAUGGAAAAGAUAAGUGAUGUCACAUUUUUUUUAACCUUAAAUUGCAUAAUUUUGUAAAUUAUAACAAAACUUAUAUGAAACAUUUGCAGGGGAGGGUUUUUGAUUUGAUGUGCCGCCAUCAAAGAUUCAAAAGUAUGCUUUCAUUUAAAGAUAAUAGCGAAAUUGGCCAGAUUAUUGGCCAACCAAUUAACUGUCCUGUCUCUAGUCUUGAAAGAAUUGUAGUAAAACUCACAUAUGAGUCCGAAGAGCAGUGCAAUGUCGACACAUCAGUCAUACUGUGGAGUUUGUAGUGUAUGAAUGUUUGGAUUUAGCAUCAAAUUGAAAGUAUUGGCUGAAACUUCCCAGCUCCCGCCUCACAAAAUGAUCAUCUUCAUAUGUCUGUUUUUUAAAAGUUCUUCACUGCUGACAUUUUGGCUCCAGAGUUACUCAUGCUAACCCACUUUUGCUCAGUUUACAUCAGCUUAAGAAAAUGAGCGGGGUGAGACGGUCAGCCCGAUCAGCUAAAAACACUCAGACUGGCUCCAGGUUAUAGUUCAGAUUGGGAUCGUAACAUCUUGAAUAGCAAAGCUCUUUGACUCGUCCAGAUUUUAGGGCCAAAAAUCGCUUUAGGACACUUGAGGAAAUUGUGUAAUGUAGAAGGAAUAUCAAGGAAGUUUCAUCCCUCUUGCAUCCUCUUGUUCUUUAUUAAAUUUUCUCCCCUCUUCUUAUCUCAUAGAUUGACUUGUCGCCUCCCCAGAUGUGGCCGCUACCUCUGCUGAGACUCCUGUUCAUGAACGGCGAGGAUGCUCUGAUUGGACGUCUGUGGCUGGGUCUGGAGGGAUGACAGGACUUUAGCAGACAUGGAGACAGGGGAGACACACAAACAGCUGGAAAUGCCAUAUUCACAUACUCUAGACUCUCUACGUUAAAUCUACUCAGGACAAGAGAAAAGCUUAUUUUUAUAUUUGUAUUCAGAGCUGUUUUUGUUAGUUAUUAUAAAGCCAUACAGCUUAAAGGGGCAGACGUCACAAUGAGCUCCGAGGGCUUUCAGUACCGAGCGCUGUACGACUACAAGAAGGAGCGGGAGGAGGACAUUGACCUGCAUGUGGGGGACAUGCUGCUGGUCAGCAAAGGGGCGCUGCUAGCGCUCGGCUGCAGCAACGGAGCUGAAGAGCGUCCAUCAGAGAUUGGUUGGCUGCCGGGCUUCAAUGAGACCACACAGGUAUGAGUCUGGGGAGGUUGGAAUAGGUUUGGUUUGUCCAGGGGAUGCUGAGUAGACACUCCUCUGUUCAUUGCUUCUUCAUAUCCUGUAAUGCUAUUUUUAACCUAACUGAAAACCUGCUGAGCGCUCAGGCUGUGCUGCAUGUGUCAAAGCGAAGAGCAAAAUCGCAAAGAUUUUUUUCCUGCCAGCACUCUUGUACAAUUUCCACAUGAGGGUGGGAUUAGUUUAUGUGAGAACAAAGUAUCAAAGUAACAAAGUGUGUUCCAGAAAAUUCAUCUCGUGAAAGCGAGCAAGCAGAAGUGAUCACAGUCGUCUCAUCUUUUGCAAACCUCAAGAGGAUCAAUGAAAACAGAUCAGUGAUGACUAACACCUGUCUGUAGAUUCGUAGCAUUGAUGUAGACCAUAUUUUUAACUCUUCUCUACCAAUAGGAGAAAGGCGAUUUCCCUGGGACAUAUGUGGAGUUUGUUGGCAGAAAGAGGAUGUCCCCGCCCACCCCAAAGCCCCGCCCACCAAGGCCGCCUUCAGCAGCAUCAGUGAGGACUGACUCCGAAUCAGAGGGUGAGUGAGAGGGAAACAUUCAUCCGACCUGCAGUUUUUUCUGAUUCCCCUGAUGUUUGAUUCAGACCAGAAACAGUGACUUGAUUACAACUGAACAUAAAACAGUUUCAGACAGUCUCUCAGUUUAACAUGAGAGGUCAAAAUAAUUUAAUUUAAACCAGAUCAUAACCUGGCUUAUCUCUGAACACCUGGCUGUGUUAAAUAUUUUAUUCUGAUUGGCCGAAACCUCAGGACAACAAGAUCCUACCCAUCAAAUUCAUCAUAGAGGAGUCUGGCACAUUUAUAAAGUUAAUGAUUCCUCCUUUUCCUAUGGACACUGUGAAAAAAACAGAAGCAGGAUACACAGUGUCACUUAAAUGUUGAUAAACUUUUAUUAAUUGAGGAUAAAAAGUGACUUACAGAUGUAAACCUUUUUGGCGUCAGGUUUUCAGUUUCAGCCUAGUUCUGCUCUUGAAAUCCUUGGUAUGAACAGUUUACCCCCGAAAAACAGUCUCAGUGUGACUCACAUCAGUUUCCUUCUUCAGCUGCUUCCUCAGCACCAGCUUGAUACACAAUUAUACACAUGAAGUACACACACACACACAAUGAUUAAUGUGAACUGUGGGGUAUUUCUAUUUCUUAUUCAAGUCUAACCACGCAAUGGAAAGGACAAACACACACACACACACACACACACACACACACACACACACACACACACACACACACACACACACACACACACACACACACACACACACACACACACACAAAGAGCUGGUGUUUGGUCAGGGUUGUGGUUGCUGACUGAACAGAUCUCAGCUCUGCUCUGCUGCCACCAGCUUUACCAGAGAACACAGGAAGUGUGUGCAUCUGAUUUACUGUUCUGUGUGUGUGUGUGUGUGUGUGUGUUGAGGGUGCUGGUUGUGUUGUUACCUGUCUGUUCCACAUAAAUACUGUUUAGCACUAACAGUGCUUUAAAGGGGACCUGCCAUAAUUUUUGCAUGUUUGUGUGUCAGAUAAGGCCCAAAUUAUGUUCGUCUUAUGUUGUAAAUCCGUAAUCACCUUAGUUUAGCAAACAUUAGCAAAAUGAAUAAACCGAAAUUAGAACCUCCACUGCUUAGCCAAUCAGAGCACAGCAGGCUUCACAGCAGCGAUCCAAUCAGAGCAAAGCUCAUUACCAUAAAUGUUAAUGAGCCAAAAUCAGUUGUUUUUCCUGUAAGGUUUUUUUAGGCAUAUUAAAACAAACCGUCAAAUAAUUUUUUAGCUAAAAUUAUGUUGCAAACAUGAUCAGAGGACAUCAAGGAUUAUGAAAAAAUGAUUGAAAUGGGUAUGAAAUUUUGAUGGCAGGUCCCCAUUAAAGCCCUCAUAUAAAGAGCUGAGGUCAGUGGAGCUGUGAGAUGUUUUCACUGUUGGCUCUCUCUUGUUCUCUUUCUUUCUCAAUUUCAAUUUUCAAUUUCAGUAAGCUUUAUUGGCAAAGUUGUUAUAACAGUAUUGCCAAAGCAUUACAAUACAACAAUAACAACAACAAUAAUGGGAAUAAUAAUACUAAUAACAAUAAUAAUAAUAAUAGGGAAUAUAAAAUGAACAGAUAGUGUGAUCACCAUUUUGCAGUUAAACAAUCUGGAGCAGCUGUUCAGGUUAUUUUGAGCAGCUUUCUCUCUCUCUCUCUCUUUUUUUCUGAUCUUAUGUUCCUCAUAAUUGGCUCUUCUCAAACCCUUUCCUUCAAACUGAUUAUCUGACAGCAGCCUUACAGGCUGGUCUUCCUCAGUGAAUUUAUACCUGAGUCACCUCCAUCCAAAAGUCACGUGUCUGUGAGUCUGCAGGUAGAAACAGGAACUUUUCAUGGACUAUUUAAAUCAAAGUCUGAGCUGUAAGUUCUAGGGGGUGAAGAUUGACCGGUUCUGGAUCUGAUUGCACAGGCUUGACCAAUAAUCGGCCGAUAUUCAGCAUUUUUGCAAUAACUGGCAUCAGCGGUUUUGUCCACCGAUAGCCAAUAAAACCAGUUGAAGUCACCACUCUUGGCUGUGAAACGAUGUCCUGCCUACUGUGCCCACUGAUUGGCUACAUAGACAGCCAACCAAUACUAAGCUUCUAGGUGCAGCUCCACAGUGAGGGAGAGAGAGAGGAGAGUGCUCAGUGAAGCAGCGGUAUGCUGCCGCUGAUUGGAUGUGAGACUGCUGCUCCUUUCACUGAUGUUUAUUAACACCAUAGAACUAAAAGCUCAAGUAAACAAAAUAAAAGUCAACAUCAGCUAUUGUAAUCAUGACAGAAAUAGCACUGCUGCACACUGCAGCUAAUAUUGAUAAAGAAAUAGGCAAAGUAAUACAGACCUCUUUAGCCUGCUUCUCAACAAACUGCAGUCAUAACCCAGAGUCAAUCUUCACUGUCAAAAAUAAGAUCCUUCAACUUACACCUCUCAUUAAACCACAUGCCCACAGUUAAAACAAACACCAUGAAGCAUGGAGAACUAAAACAAAAGAAACAAACUAGAAGGAAACAACACUGCUUGAGGUGCUCCACAGUCUCUGUGAAGCUUAUGGAUCUAGCAUGCGCCACUUCUGGUUCUUUUCUCAUUUCAAAAUAAGAGCAUGGGUUUCAAAAGAAGGUCAAAAUAUACAUCUUUACUGCAAAUGAAUAUCAGUUCUGAAUAUUGGUUAUCGGUUUUCUUGACUAAUAAUAAUCUGUAUUGGUAUCGGCCCUAAAAAAAACAUAUUGGUCAAUCCUUACUUCUAAACACCCUGGAUUGAUAUAAAAAAUUCUUAUGUUCUGGGUUUUGAAGCGGUGAUUUGGCUGACUGUUACUUUUGUUACUGUUACUCAGCAUCUUCAAUCUUGUAAGAUUGAAAGAUUGACACUGUUCAUUUCAGUCUGUUUCAAGGAUCUAAUCUAACCAAGUUGUGUAGUUAGUCAGAGGCUCACACCCUAACACUAUGUUAAGAAGGAGAUGGUUAGUAAAGGAUGCUUAUUAAAACAGUUAAUGGCUGUAACCCCUCUGCCCAAAUCUCCAGACUCCAUCAACUGAAGCAGUUUUUACCUCCCUGAACACCAGAGUUUGCUUGAUUUUGGUGUUUGUGGUUAGUUCAGAUUGAGCCUAGUACAUAUGAAACACAAUAACGCAAAUGCUGUAUCUGAUGGAAGCAGAGGUAGACCUGCAGCUCUGCACAGUAAGAUGACUGUUGAGGCCAGUGAAAUCUGGUAGUUUUGCAGAGAGAGUGAUGUAAUGGCUGUUUUUGCUCCUGCAAAUAUCUUUCUCUAUAUCCAAAAGUUCGAUCACUGAGCAGAGAUUUUCUGUAAUGUUGUCAGGCUCUUAAAAUAACAGUCUGAGUCUGUCAGUGGAAAAAAAACAAGAUCUCUGUCACUGGGCUCAUCAGUCUGGGGAUUUCAUAACAGCCAUUACAGUCUGAGUCAGGGCUUCUUAAACAAAGAGAGUGAUAGAAACCUUUAGUCGAUGAGAGCCUUAAAUAUAUAUAAAAUACAACCUAUACUUAGGUAUUCUUCAAAUAACUUGUUAAAAUGACUUUGACUUUGACUCAAAGAGACAGAUAUUUCCAAACAUCUCUGGUCGUUGUUAAAAAAAAAAAAAAACUGUUGUUAUUUUUCUUCUUUUUAGGCUUUGUGUUACCCGACCUCCCUGAGCAGUUCGGACCCCCAGACACAGCCCCUCCCCUUCUCAGCAGACUGAUGGAGGCCGUAGAAAACAAAGGUACCAAACACACCCAUCAACUGUACUGUCUGCCAACAGAUGGUGGAGAGAGAUACCAGAGUUUCAGGGAGUGUCGCCCAUCUCCUGCAGCAUCAAAUUCAAAAUUCAAAAUGUGUGAAUAUCAAAAAAAAAACAAAACAGUCAGUUCUGUUGAUCAGCUGAUUGAUUGAUCUGCCAAAUCAAUCAGAAUGUUAAAUAACAGAAAUUAUAACAGCGAAAAUCAACAUGUUGACAGAGUUUCCAGUCAGUGUGUUUGUGUGUUGUUGCAGGUCAGGAGAGUCCAGGUGUGUACCGCUGUCUGAGCGGAGGAACUCUGGACACCCGACAGCUGGCUGACACAGGUGAGGAGUCCGUCUUCUUCUUCUUCUUGUUCUUCCUCUUCUUCGUCUUUUCCUUCGUUGUCAUCUCCUUCUUAAUCGUCAUCGUCUUCUUUGUCGUCAUCUUCUUUCUUCUAGGGGACGGAAUCAUCAGUAGCCCCAAAUUACAAUAUUAUCACGAUACUUGGGCCACGAUAUGAUAUUAUUGUGAUUUUUAACAUUUUGCAAUACACAGAGUAUUGUGAUACAAUAUAUUGCGAUUUGUAAAAAAAUUUUCAACAGCUUAGCUAAUUUAGCAUUUGUCUUUCCUUUAUGUUUGUCUUAUUUACUCAGUACUUUACUUUCAUGUAGCACAUCUUGCAAACCUUAUAUAUAUUUGCUGUACUAACUUUCUGCUGCUCUAUGAUGUCACCUCUGGACAAACGGCUGAUUUUAUUUUUCCAAUAAUUAUUGAUUUGACCUCAUAUUAACAAUCAAUUUUUAAAAAUCAAUAAUAAUGGAAAAAUAAAAUCAACUGUUGAGGUUGGCAGAGGUGAUACUUGGUAAAUGAAAUGAUACGAUAUAUCACUGGAAAAAAUGUUGCAGUCCUACGCUGUAUCGAUAUUUUUCUCCCACCCCUCCUUUCUUCGUCGUCAUCAUCUUCUUUUUACUUUCUCAUCUUCUUCUGCGUUAUCGCCAUUGUCUUUUUCAAUGUUGUCUUUUUCUUUUUCUCCUUCUACUUCUUUGUCAUCGUCUCCUUUCUUCUGUCUUUUUUUUCUUGUUUCUUCUCCUACUCCUCGUCUGACACGUUCAGCUGAAACACACAUUUAGUCUUGACAGUGACCUGAUUUUUGUAACCAUUUCUGUGUAGAUACUUUUUGAAGUCUUGAUCCAGCUCAUUAUGUUCUGUGGUGUGUGUUUUUUAAUUCAGACCUGGAGCAGCUGGAGGUCUCGUCCCUGUGCGAUGGAGUGGUCCGGUUUCUGCAGGAUCUUCCUGGUCCCGUCCUCCCUUCCUCACUGCAGGCUGAUAUGAUUCAGGCAGUGCAAGGUCAGAUCAGAGUGGACCCCUCCCCUCUGUCUGGACACACUAACCCUUCCCAAAGUGCUGCUCUCAGGCUGAAUGUCUAACAGGUCUCUAACCUCUCUGCCUGUCUGUCUGCAGAGGUCCGGGAUCUGGAGGAUUGUGCUCAGGUCCUGAGGGGGGUGGCCAGCUCUCCAUCUUGCCAGGCUCAGUACGGCCUGACCCUCCUCAGUGUGGUCCGGCACCUGGCACGGCUUUGUCUACACAGCUCCAGGAACCAGCUGAGCACCCGCAACCUGGCUGAGAGUUUCAGCCCGCUGCUAUUCAGACAGACUGCAGGGUCAGUAACACACACACACAUACAGAUAUGCACAUGUUUCAGUCAGCUAAACGUAUCCACCGUUUCUUUGAGUAAUGUUGUGUUUGGGAUGUUAUGUACUCACAAAAUAAAACAGCACCCUCUACAGUAUCGGUCUCUGACUGUGAAUGAAUCAGUGUUUCUUCUUAAUAAGGCUUUUAAACCUUACAGUGACUCUUUUCCUGUUCAGGGCUGAGUCCAGUCUGGGUCCUCUGGUUCAGGUCUUGGAGGUUCUGAUAACGAGCGAGCUCAACAUGAACCAGGCUGCACCAGGUAUGUGUGUGUCUCUGAGUUUAUAAGGGUGUUGUAUAGUUGCAGAGCACAAGUACAAAACAGCGAAACAGGAUAUCUGUCCUGAUCUGUGCAGAUUAGAGGAAAAGGAGUCAGGUGUAUCAGGAUGAUUCAGGACUGGUUUCUUCUGCUUCAGGUCCUCAAAGUUCACUUUCAGUUCCUCUGAGGCUGUGAAGCAGCGUCACACUGCAGCUCUGUCACUCUUUGUCACAGCUGUUGCUCAAUCUAAAGGGUUAAAUGUCAGAUGUUUCCAGAUGAGAUCAUGACCGCACAAAAGGACACGUGGAAAUUCUGACUUAAACCGACACAAAACUGGAAUUUUGAAUCUGACUGAAUCCAUAUGCCUCAUGCCUGUCUUAUUACUACAGCAACAGAAAUGAGCUCCUGGGCACUUAGAAUGUGUUGUUUUUUUCUAUACUUUGACUUUACCCCACAUUGUUUACAGAGCUGUUGCAGAAGAAAUCACUGAACCCGUAACAACACUUUGACUUAUUUAUAAUCAAGAAAAAAUAAAGAAGUUUCCUAAAAAAAUCACUUUAAAAACAAGGACAGUGAGUCAACAGAAAAACACGUCAGGUUCUCACUUUGUGCCCAGGACACAUCGCUGUGUUUUAUUCUCCAUACAAGGUUGGUUAACUGUCUGAGAGUCACGUGCGGCUCGCAGCGGACUGAAACUCUGACCACCUAACACGCUAACUGAAACAAAAAUGUAGAAAUAAGCAGCACCGAGCAGCUAAACUCAUGAAUCUGGAUGCUGCUAAAGUUAAACAAACUCUUAUAUUACAGAUUUUCCAUAAAUUCAAUAUUUUGUGCAUCACUUCAGAUUAAUAGAAGAGAAACUGCUUGAAUAAACAUUUCAGUUUUUUGGAUAUUCUCUUCUUUUCUCUUUUUUUUUUCUUACUAUUUGAACUAUUUUCGGUCUCCAAACAUUGUUCAAGCAGCCUCAUUUCAGAGCCUCAAUUACUGAGCAGAGGUAUAACACUCCCUGUAAGACCUCAGGUUGGGUUUGAUAGAGAACUUGGAGAUUAAACAACAUUAUAUACAUUUUAAAUGGAAUGAGGCUUAAGUCAUUAGAUUAGUUUGUUUCUUUGCACCUCUUUAUCAAGAAACUGUAUUUUUGUUCAAGGAAACAUCUCCUGUUGAAAUCAUAAACUAAGUAUUUUCCGUUGUUUGGCUGUUGUAAUCACAGUUUUAAACCAAACUUUUGUCUUUUUUUUAUCUUGAAAAAUUAUAUUUAAUUAUCAAUAUUUCUUCACUCAGCUCUGAUGUAAGUAACCAUAAGGUGAAUCCAUCAUUCAUGCGCUUCAUCCAAUCUCAGCGAAUUACAAUAGUUUCCUCAUUUGAACUGGUUCUUCAUACUCAAGCCUGGUGCUGUCCAUAAAAACCUUCCUCAGGGUCUAAUGAGAGCAGGAGCAGUAAGAUUUUCCUGUUCUGAUUUUCAUCCAACCAGAAGAGUGGAAAUAUGUUUAUGUAUCUGUUUGUGUAAGUGCAAUACAUCAGGGAUCUGUAAGUCACGGGUACAGCAGCUUUGUUGUUUUGCGCCUUCAUUCACUGUGGGGAAAAAGGUCGGCUUCACCUUAGCUGACACUGUAAUUUAAAGGGAAAACAUUAUCAUAAUGCUAAGUGACUUUGGGGCUACAGGCCACAAACCAGCUGUUGAAAUCACUGCAGCUUUCUUUUCACAGUCUAUGUAUUAGACCUCAUGAACAUGUUAGCGUAGCGGGUGUAAACACGUUUGUUUGGUUUGUGACUGUUUGGGCUCUUUAAGCUCGAGUUUGACCUGAAACUGACGCAGGGUUUGAUACCUUCUAGAUUCAUAGGUGCAUUCUUCAUGAAUCAGCCAAUCAGCAGCUACUUUUUCAGCCACAGAGCAGCUGUCAGUCAUUCAUUCAUUCAUCCAUUCACUCAUCCAGGCUGUGAGUCAGUCUGUUCAUCAGUCACUCGGUCAGACUGAACGAUGACAUCAUCCGUCCACACACUGAAAGAUGCAGCAGAGAAGAUGAGGGAGGGGAGGGGUGGGGGUGUUGCCUCGGUGAUAUCACUGCCAUCGCACGAUUGGCUGGGGGCACCAGUGAUGUCACACAUCUCCAAGCUGCUCUCCUGAGCUUUGAACCGAGGCAGAGAGAGAGACAGAGGGAGAAAGUUGCGUCGUUUUAAAUCUUGUUCGCUGGAGACGGCUGCAGAUUUGGAUAAAUGAGGGAGAAACGCUCUUGCAGGCUGGUGGUUUCUCUGUGGAUGAGUCUCAGCUCAGAUGAAAGUGUGAGAGAUCUGUCUGCAGGUGCUGAGAGAGAACAGAUACAGAUGAUAUCCUGCUGAUUCAGUUAUCGCUGCAUCUUUAAACUAAAGUGACAGUCGAAAAAAGACAGAAAAAUCCAGAUCAGUUCGGAGGAUGUAGGCCGGACCUGCUCCCUUCCAGAUGACGUCAAUUUUUUCGAGGAAUGAUCUGAGCGCUCCGCUUUAGGCAGGACAUCAUGAGAUCCAAAAACCAAGAGGAACCGGUUUUGGUUUCACCUCUGAAGUGUUACUGAGGUGGGUGAAGGUUCAGAGGCAGACAUGGAGCGAGAGGAGGGAGGCAGGGCCGAGGCCGAGCCAGUGAGAGGACGAGACAAGAUCCUGUGCUACAUUAACAUGCAGAGCCCAGGUAGGAGAUCAAACCUGAGCCUGGUGGUUUAGAGAGGACUCACACCUGGUGGGGGCCUAUUGUUAGUUUGCAGCUGAGCAUCGUAAAGCAAUGAGCAAAAUCACGUUUGUCAUUUUCAGUCCUUGUUUUUGCCUGUAAAGGGUAAUUCUGGUGUUUUAGGCUCCCUAUUUGAAGCCUGCCCUUGGUUAUUACGUAAAACCAGCAAAAAGUUCAGAAUUAACUCCGUUAGAUCAUUUCAACCGGCAGGUUUGAAACAGGCUGCAGCCUCCUCUUCAUCUGGAGCAGUCGAGGUCUGAUAGGCUCUGAUUGAUAUUAGGACCACUUUCUCAUCUUGAUCAAAAAGUUGCUCCAAAACAGCGGACAUUUCCCUCUGUUCGAACGUGUGUGAGCACAGCAAAGGUGAGGUAAAACAAACAGACAAAGAUUGCACAGACAGGGGUGGUCUUAGCUCAGUUUCACUCAAACCCUGGAGCGAUUUGUUUGCAGUCAGAAAACGCACCAACCGGAAGAUGAGGUAGUCAGUGUGAUCACAGCGAUAGGCGCAAGCUACUCAGAGUAAACGUCCAAAAGGAGCAGCAGAGCUGGUGCUAAAGUAGCAACAUCUCAGGGACUCGAUAUCAGCUGGAUAACUGUAUUAGUGUAAAAAAAUUAGUCCAGCUAGUCAAAUGAAGAGAAUUUGUCCUCUCUGUUAAGAUGGAAAAUAUAUCUGGUUUCAUUUUCAAUUAGGAUUGUGGCUUCCCACAACCCUAAACCUAACCCUAGCAAGGAGAGGAGCAGGAGCAGGAGGAGAGAGGAGAGCUGGGAGAGGAGAAGGACAGAGGAGAGCAGGGAGAGAAGCAGGAGGAGGAGGAGGAGAGCAGGGAAAGGAGGAGAAGAGAGGAGAGCAGGGAGAGGUGGCAAAGAAAGGAGAGCAGGGAGAAAAGCAAGAGAAAGGGGAGGAGAGCAGGGAGAGGAGGAGAAGAGAAUAGCAGGUAAAGGAGCAGGAGGAGAGAGGAUGGAGCAGGAUGAGGAGAGAGGAGAGCAGGGAGAGGAACGUGGGAGAGUGUGUAUGGAUGUGUGUCUGAAAAGCAGAGGGACAGAAUGAGCCUCAAGCUGCUCUGAAGGAUGUUUUCUGAAAGCUUGAAAAGACUAAAUGUUCUGUUGUUUCUGUAGCCUGUUAUGAAACAUCAGUGAAGGAAGAGCUCAGAUUCUUCAUAGUUUACUAACAGAGUGAAAAUCUCUGUAUAAGUGUAAUCUGGUGUUUUAUUUGAAGAGUGUAAUCAUGAGAAUCAAGUGAAAUCUUUUUUAAUAGUCAUGAUCUUGCUGUCAAUCAAAAUCAUCAGGGUUGUUUUCUUCUAUAAUCCUGCAGCCCUAGUUUAGGUUUAAUAACUGAUCAGCAGUUCCUGUUUUCUGUUAGGUAACAUUCAUGCUUUUGUCCACAAAACUCGCCAUGAUAUUUAUGGUGUAUGUCAGGGAUAUGAAGCAGGUACCAGAGUCACAGUUAGGCUCCAUUUUGGUGCAGCAAACAUCCAUGUGUAGGGCUGCAGUCCUCAUCACACUAGCUGUGGCAUCAGUUCCUGCUCUCAGCAUGAUUUGGUGCAUGUCAUCCUUCUCUCUGUCUCUCUCUCUCUCUCCCUCCCUCCCUUCCUCUUUUUUUGCUAAAUGUAUCUUGUAUCUCUCAAGUUCCACAAAAUAAUGCAAGCCAAACAGAAGAUAAUCAAUCUGAAAAAGUUGGUUGUGACUUGGACAAAGGUUUAUGCCACUAAAGAACCCCUGCAAAUGUGAUGUUUUCGGGGACAGGCUUUUAGGAUUUAAGUUCCCCUCAGAGUUUAAGAGAUGUUACAUUUUUGCUCUUUCCAUAAUCCCAUUACAAACUUACUCUCCUCUCAUUUGGCUGUUUACAUCUCUACCUCCAUACUCUACCUCUGGUCUAUAUUUGAGGGGAUUUCUUAAUCUGUGGAUUUGUGCUGAAAACAGAAAUGACACAGAAACACCCAAACUUCUUAUGUUUGUACUUUUUAUUAAUGUUUUUCUAAUUCUUUAUCAGGUUUGACUUGCAGGCAGUCUCCUCUCACUCCUCCUCUUGGUUUUCUUUGGUUUGGUGUUCUUGUCAGUAAAGGAGUGCUCAUGAGUCCCUGCUGUGUUGAGAAUAAAGAUAUGUGUCUGUACAAACUAUGGCACACUUGACUUAACAGGGUGAUGUAUUUCCUUAAAGAUCUUCAUUGAACAAAAAUGUCUCCUUCCUAGCAGCAGGAAACAAAUGUCAGCUCUAAUUUGAGUGCUUGGCACAGAUCUACAGCAGUGAGGCACUAAAUUUAGUCUUCAUGAUUCUCUCUCUUUGUUGCAGCGUUACCUCCGAAACCCGCCAAACCACCCACUCCAGCACCUUCAUGCAGCUUCAACAACAGUAUCUCCCUGCAGGACGCUGAGUGGUACUGGGGAGACAUAUCCAGGUAUUAAACACACACCCACACGCAUGCACACACAUGGGGUUUGAGGACCUGUACUGCAGUCAGUCACUAGAGGGAGCUUGAAAUGUUUUGGCUUCACUUCGACCGCCCCAGUAUCAAUUCAAGAUUUGCGCUCUGAAAACUAAGAGAGUGAUGUAAGUGGACUGAAAUAUUAAACAUGAUUUUGAUUAUUUGAGGUCUGAAAUGUUGCUCAUAGGGCGGCAUAGUGGUGUAUUGGUUAGCAACCCCCCCCCCCUUUUCCCUCAGGAUCAGUUACAUACUACAUAUCUAUCUGUCUGAACUGGCACUUGACUCAAGCAGUGAUUAACCUGCACAUGCAUGAGGAUUGAGGACUAAAGGCUGGUGGUGCUAACUCUGCUAAUGUUAGCAGAGUUAGCAAGAAGACAAUUUGUGAUCCAGUGUUACGUUUUGACAGAUUUCUGAGUGUUUUCUCACAGUCAGUCAGUCAGUCAGUCAGUCAGAGUUUAAAUUUCUGUUCAAAUGACCAAGAACAAUAAAGACUCUUGAUGUAAAACAGUUUCAUUUGUUUGUGUUCAUUUACCUGUAAACUAAAACAAAUAACAGUGGGAACGAAUAACCAGGUUACAUGUGCAGUUGUGGUAGGAGCUCAAAGAGGGUCUAUCUGCAGUGAAAAUUCUGCUCUUACAAACUCAGGGAUCAGCUCUCAGGUCGACUCUAAUCCAUUUAUUAAAACCUGUCUGAAGGUCAGUUCAGGAUGACGUGUAUUUUAAAAUGGCUGCGGAUUAUUUCUUGAUAUAGAGUCUGUCAUAUCAUAUAGUUCCUGUUGUUUUAUGUGAUUUAAUGUGGGAUAAUGUGUGUGUGUGUGUUUGCAGAGAGGAGGUUAAUGAGAAGUUGAGAGACACAGCUGAUGGGACCUUUCUGGUUCGGGACGCUUCGACUAAGAUGCACGGAGACUACACUCUGACUCUGAGGUGAACCACCGUUAUCAAACCUACUGUGAGACUCUGUAGAUACUAAGCCGGGUUUGUUCCUUCUGGACUUGCUCUCUUAGACUUAAACUGAGAGUAAUGAUCCACUCGUGCUAACUCCAGGACUUCUGCAGAUCACAGCUGCACAUCUGCCUGUUUUACCUGAAAAGAAAAGUGCUUGGACUCCUCUCCUCAUAGUGGUUUCUGGGUGAUAUGUAACAUGUUUGGGUGUUUUUCUGUUCCCUGGUUUGCUAUAAUCAUUUUCUGACCCCCUGCAGGAAAGGAGGAAACAACAAACUGAUAAAGAUUUUCCACCGGGAGGGGAAGUACGGCUUCUCCGACCCCCUGACUUUCAGCUCAGUGGUCGAGCUCAUCAAUCAUUACCGCCACGAGUCGCUCGCACAGUACAACCCCAAACUAGACGUUAAACUGCUGUACCCAGUCUCCAAACACCAGCAGGUCUGUAGACAGGAUGGCAGACCAGAAUCAAAGCUCUAAUUAACAGUCUGAUGACGUGAAUUAUGACGUGUUGUUGUUGUUGUUGUUCAGGACCAGGUGGUGAAGGAAGACAGUAUUGAAGCUGUAGGGAAGAAGCUCCACGAGUAUCAUCUGCAGUACCAGGAGAAGAACCGCGAGUACGACAGACUGUAUGAGGAGUACACCAGGACCUCACAGGUACGCUGUUGCACUCAAAUAUCCUCCUAUCAUACACAACGACUGUCAUGCCCCAUUCUCAAACAUAUUUUACCCUCUUACCACGGUAUUCUUUAGUGGUACAGUCCAGUUUAGUCGCCCAAAAAAACACUAAAAGAGCAAAAUGUUUCUCCUGCAAUUCCAGGCCAGUUUUGUGUUUGUGUGUUUGAUUUUAAAACAACCCCGAACUAAAAGCAGAUUAAUACAGUUAUUUAGCAGCUUGAAAAUCGAUAACAACAGCAGCACAUGAAGCCUCAACCAACACAGUAACUAUGUUUAGAACAUGAUCAGCUGUCAGCAGAGAAAAACAAAGCAAACAAAGAAAAGUGCAAAAACUUCACGGACAAGUUUGGCGACAAAGACGACAAAACGUAUACCAGCAAAGACAGAAAAAAUAACUGAAUUUAAACUCUGAUCUCUUCCUCCUCUUCAUCCCCCAGGAGAUCCAGAUGAAGAGGACGGCCAUCGAGGCCUUUAACGAGACCAUAAAGAUCUUCGAGGAGCAGUGUCAGACUCAGGAGCGGUUCAGCAAAGAGUACAUCGAGAAGUUUCGUCGAGAGGGCAACGACAAGGAGAUCCAGAGGUAGGCUGUUACCACGGCAACUGUGAUGAGGAGACACACACACACACAUAUGGAGAGGCCUGAGUUGCCAUGGCACCAGAAGCUGCAGGAAGAAUGCACCUGCUGGUAAAUUUAGGAUUGCUGUCCAGUCGUGUCGUUGGAGGAGGGGGGAGGUGAUGUCAUCCUGUGUAGCUGUGAAUAUUGGACUAGUUUUAUUCAAACUUUUGCCAACAAUCAGCUUUAAAUAACAUUUUCUCUUGCGUGUUUGCUGUGAGGGUUUGGAAACAGCAAAACUGGACUGUGCAUAUGUUUUUAAUUUCAUGGGAGGCGUGAGCAAGUCCCACCUGUGCUUCUCUACCUUCACACAUGAACACCAAACCAGACUUAAAUGUGCUUCAGUUUAUGAGCUCAUCUCACCUUUGUUUUGGUAAAGGGUUUAUUUAGGACAGGCUUUGAUUUAUUCAUUUCUGAUCGAGACUCGUGCACAACAAAGAGGAGAAAAGACUGUGUGAACCUGAAAUUGAAAAUCUCUCAUUUGUGUGUUUAGGGUAAGACAUAACAAAAGAGUGAUGCUGGAAUCACUUUCUCUUUAAUAGAGAUGAUAAUUUAACCCUUUUUUCCCUUAAUCGGCCAAUUUUAGCCCGUUUGAGACGGUAAUCGUCCAAAACUCGUCAAUUUUCAUCAAUAUUUUCAGAAAUAAAAUGUGGAGAAUAAGAUUCGGUUUCACUUCGAAAAUGUUCUGCCAUUUGAAAAGUUCCCUGAUUUAUCCUACAGAUGGUGCAGCAACCCCAUGACAAUCUUCAUCCUCUAACUACCUCACAGCACAGCAGAGUAAGGAUCUGUAGUUGAAAUCGCUUCUCUGGUCCAAGUUUGAUCAGUCAGUCUUCCUGUCGGCGUGAAGAGCAGUAGCCUACAGUAUAUCUACAGUAUAAACCACAUAUUUUUUUAUAACUUAGUAAAAGAAUUUAAAAAAUCGUCCGAUUAAUUGGUCAUCGGAAUUUUUUUCGCCCCUAAUAAUCGUAUCAGCCCCAAAAAAUCCAUAUUGGUCGGGCCCUAACACACACAGUUGUGCACACUUCUGCAGCCCCAAUACAAUAAUAACAACUGUAACAGGAUUCAAACGUUUCUCUCUGCACAUUAACACAGCAGAGGAUCUUUCAUAUCUGUGCAGCAUUUUCAACAAUUAAAGCUCCUGUGAGGAAAUUGCACUGAUUUUGAUAUUGGUGCCCCCCUGUGGACAAAGUAAGGCUUCUCAUAUCUUAACUGAGUUUGAUUAUUGAUUUUUAGUCUCAUUGUGCUCAAUUUGAAAGGAGAUCUUUCCUGUUAAAAAAUCAAAACUACAAAGGCUCCCAGCAGCGUGCUGUCCACCUGCCAGUAUCUUAAGACAAAAAAAAUACAAUAUCAAGGAAGUAAUCUUUCUGCUGAUGCUCUGGUUUGAUUGUGGAGCUCAUAUUGAGGCAUCAGUAUUACAUUCUUUUUGUUUUAUAACCAGCUAAAAACUCCAUACAGGAGCUUUAAUGAAAUAAUGACACUCUGCUGCUGAUCCACAGCUGGGUUAUGUCCGAUACUUGCCGCCUUACCUGGCUAAUGACAGGAACUGAGAUCGGCUUGUAUUUAGAGUUUUACAGUUCUCAGGAAAAGAGAGGAUAAAAUAAAGCAGAUGGUGUAACUUUUAUGCUGCUGAACUGAUUUUUGUAUUUUUUCUGGGCUUUAAAGAACCGAACCAAACCGACCCCACUCAUCAAUCAACAAAGAUUAACAAAGACUUCAACACCUUGCAAUCUCUGAGUUUGGAGAAAGACUUACUGAUGUUGCUUUAUUUUGAAAGGAUCAUGGAGAACUACGACAAGCUGAAGUCUCGGAUCAGUGAGAUCGUUGACAGUAAGAGACACCUGGAGGUGGACCUGAAGAAACAAGCGGCUGACUACAGAGAGAUCGACAAGAAGAUGAACAGCAUCAAACCAGACUUGAUCCAACUCAGAAAGACCAGGGACCAGUACCUCAUGUAAGGAACACAUGCACAAGAACACACACACAUACACACACACACGCUAACACACUCAGACCACUACAAAAAGCUGUAUCACACACUCCUGACUGAUGUGUGUGUGUUUUUUUUAGGUGGUUGACCCAGAAAGGUGUCCGUCAGAGGAAACUAAACGAGUGGCUGGGCCUGAAGAAUGAAACCACAGAGGAGUAAGUUUACCUUUGCACGCCCCUGUGAAGUGUCCUGUAUCAAAGGCCCUCUAGUGGUAGCAACAAGAACUAUAACCUCACUCUUUGUUACAUAAAGAAACACUUCAAUCUUCCUCUGCAGCUCUCUGGGAUAAAGGAGAAGUGUUUUUGAGCUGCAUCCUGAUCUGUUCCUGCAACAAUUAAUGAUUUAUCUAAGCAAGAGACAAUUCAGAGAGUAUUCAGCCAAAAUACACCAAAAAGUCAAAUAAUGAGCCUAAAUUUGUUGUUUUUUGAAGGUGAAAAUGUGUUAGCUUUUUAUGUUUCACUUUUUUUGUGACAUUUAAAGAACUGAUAAAUGAACAAUCAAGAAAAAACUCAACCUAAUAUUCAGUCAGAGGAAGAAUCAGACAGAACGAAAACAGAGACACGGAGCUGCACACUUCCACAAAGAGAAAGAAGAAACGGUAAAAUCAGCGCUCUGGUCUUAACCAGAGCGUGUAUGUUUUGUGGCCACCAGGGGGCUUCGUCAGUCUGAAUUGGUCAUCUCUAAUGUCCCGAUCAGAGAUUUGGUCUUCACUUUUGACACGCUCUGUGUCUGCCUCUUUCUCAGUGAGUACAGCAUGGUGGAGGAUGAGGAGGACCUUCCUCACCAUGACGAGCGUCUUUGGCGUCUAGGGAACAUAAACAGGAACCAGGCGGAGUCUCUGCUCCGGGGGAAGAGGGACGGGACGUUUCUGGUUCGAGACAGCAGCAAGCCGGGCUGCUACGCCUGCUCAGUGGUGUAAGAGUCAUCCUUUUCUCUCUCCCUUUACUCGACAGGUCUAUAGUUUGUUUGUCUCUGACUCUGUGUGUGUGUGUGUGUGUGGGGUUUCUUUUUUCUUACAGUGUGGACGGGGAGGUGAAACACUGUGUCAUCAACAAGACCAGCACUGGUUUUGGUUUUGCUGAGCCCUACAACCUGUACGGCUCUCUGAAGGAGCUGGUGCUGCACUACCAGCACACCUCGCUGGUCCAACACAACGACUCUCUCAACGUCACGCUGGCCUUCCCCGUCUACAGCCAGCAGAGACGGUGACUCCCCCACCUCAUCCUUCUGUCUCAGUCGGUCAUCAUGGACCAGCAGACAGCCUCGUUUACACACUCGACCCCCCUUGGAAACACCACAACCAUCACUCCUCUCCCGCAGACGGACUCCUGAUCGCGUGUUUCUUUUUGUCCUGGUGCUGCAAACGUGCUCGAAUCAGCACGCUGAAGAAGAAGCUGUGUGUUGAGUUUCGUACUUUGACAUCAUUUAGGGAUCAACUUCAACAUCUUAUUCUACUGUGGAGCAUCGCUUGAAGCUUUAACGUCCUGUGAGGAGAAACAAGCCGCAGAGAAAGAAACCAAACAGACUUAGAGAUGCUUAAUAAUUUAAAAAAUAAACUGUGCAGGUUAUCCAGAGAUCAUCUUCUACAGUUUACUCACAUCAGAGGAGAAAAGAGAACACUGGGGUCAGGAUCACAUGGGAACUUCUCUGUUCUUCUCUCUGCAGCUACAGAUUCAAGCACAUGAGUCACAUCUUCUUAAUUUGCUGUUUAUGGCACCUUUAGUACUUGCAAUAACCAGAGUGAAAAUGAAAGGGAAGUGAAGUAACAGAGACGAAAGGAGAAAACGUAUAAAUGUUAGUGUCGAUGAGUUUGAAUUAGCAAAAGCUGAACAAAAAAAGUUAAAGCAGGCAUCUUGCUGCUCUGGAAAAUGACAUCAGACUUUUAAUGAAGUCUCUUCUAAUGAAGACCAGACUAAGAAGAGGUUCAGAGGAAAGAUAAUCUACCUUUUCAUUUGUGGUUUGAUCACAUUUAAAUAAUUUAGAAAAUGAUUAAAAAACAAUAAGAACAGAAAAAAAUCUAUCAAUAUUUCACGAAUCAGCUUCAUACUCUUCCUCAUCAUGCUCCAUCGAGGCAUUCAGUUCAUUUUUUGUCCUGUCAGGGUGCUGUGAAAAUCAUGGCUGCUUCACAUAAUCACAACAGCUGACAGAAAGAGGCCUCCUGAACCUGACACAAGAGAUCUCCAUUUCAUAUUAACCAAAUUAUCACAGUUUUUCCAUCUUUAUAUUAAUACCUGUCAUUUUUUCACUCAUUAUGAAAACAGAGUUCAAAUGCAGCUAAAGCGGAUCAUCACAUCACUUUCAGAGUUCUCUAUGGACUCCAGGACCUGGUUUUCCAAAAGCUUUUAUAUGAAUGAAGAAAUGGGCUCAUUUUCAAAUAAGAAGGACCAGGUAGUCCCGUUAACUUUAGUCCUGCUCUUUUAAAAUUCAAAAACCUGGACUGGAUUGAUCUGAUUCAGGUUCAUACUUUAGAAAUGGGGCUGCAUAUACGUUGGUUAUUAAAACAGAAACUUAAAUUCUGAGGGACUGACAGAACCAAACACGGGCGCUGCAGAGCCUGCAGAUGUUAGCAGAGCACCAGCAGCCUUCAGUCCUCCUUACAGGGGGAGCGUACACAUGUCUGCUUGUUUCUUGAGGCCCCAGUUUAUCCAGAGACAGUUUUAAUAAAAGUUUAUUAAAUCAUUUGGUUGACUUUUCACCAACGUCCCCCGCGUGCCCCGUUUUUUUUUUUUUUUUUUUACUGGGUCAACAUUAGGCACCAAAAUCUACAAACUAACAGAUCACUAAAAACCAAACUUGAUCCCUUUUGAACAGCUGGGUCCUGGAUCUCAUUUCUGAUUUCUGUUGUCAUAAAAGAUAUUUACUAAAAUGACAACUUUGAGGUGAAACGCAGCCAAAAGAGGGGGUCUGUGUACUCUUCAGAGUCAGUGAAUCUUAAUUUAUUUGGUAUUUUUGGUCAGAUUUCUUUUAUUUUGAGCUGGAGAGAUUCAGAAAGUCCCAUCAGGCUCCUUCAGGAAAGUUUCCAUGUGAUCACGACUUGAGUAUUACACAAUGAAAAAAGACUGAGCUGUUUGCUUUGUUUGGUGGAGGUCAGAGGUCACUAAAGAGAGGUGUGUUCUGGUUUAAAAUGAUGGAUCAUUCCUUUAACAGGCUCCAAGAGGACUAAGACUCAGCCCUGGACUCAUGAUAAUGGUUGAGGUGUGGGAAAAUCCAGAGGGACUAAUUUGAGAACACUGUGAGCGAUUCAGAACGAGGUUUACAGAUGAGGGCGACUUGACUGACCCGCGUUUCCACAUCAGGAGAGGAAAAAAAACCCUCAUCGUCCAAAGACUUGUUACCCGACCAUCCUCCUCCCAAAGCACCCCUUUAGCAGUGUUUUCAGGUCCUGUAUCUUCAGGUUUGUUUGCUUUGCUGCCUCAGAGGGUUGAGCUGAUGGACUCUUCUGCUGUUUUUCAUUUCCACAAAUAUCUGACAGCACAAAGAUUUCCAUGUGCUGCACCGAAACCGAAACAAAUCUUCAGGAAUCAUGAAAAAAACACCCUCUGGAGUUUUCUGGUUUCACUCCGAGGACUCUCAGCUGGUUUUUAUGGACAAACGCAGCCUGGAAACAUUUGCUCAGCUGAUGUAAAGAGAUGAAACCCAGAAUUCCAAUUUUACAUCCUUAUGCUAUAUUUUCUAUCUUUAGUUUUUGUGCAUCGAGAUGAACGACUUCUUUAAGAGAAACCAGGUACAGGAGAACAAAGUUGUACUUGUCGUGAUACCUGGGAGCUCCCUCAGUUUUACAGUCGAGCUUUUUCCAGUUUGAAUCUGUUUGUCCUGAAUUUUUAAGCUCCUUAUUUUGUGUGAAAUGGCUGCUGGACUCAGUGAGGGAGGAAAGACUCUGAACUUUGACAUGAUUCCACAGAAAUCUGAGUAAAACAGGUGAACACAAGCGCAAACCUGUCAUUUCAAACCAGAGGUGAUGUUGAAUGAAUUGUUCAGUAACUCUGAGAAAUAAAACACCCACAGAAACGAGUGUUUCGUCUGCGAUUACUGCUGUUCACCCAGUCAACUGCUGCACCUUAGUCAUGAUAUGAAGCCAAACUUACGUUGGCCUUCAAACACAUAGACUCACGAUCCAGUUCAUUUAUGCCCUCAGGUCUUGGGUGGGCUCCUUUCGCUACGUCAGUGUAUCCUGUCAAAAGAGAUGAUCAGUCUGCGUCUCUGCUGGGGUGUUGUUGAAGUCCAGGGCUCUCUUUAAGUCAAUGUCAAUGUCAAGUUUAUUUGCAUAGCACAUUUAAACAGCCAGUGGCCUACCAAAGUGCUUUACAAUAAUGAAGCAGCAGCAAUAAAAGCAAGUCAUACACAGCAAACAGCAAAAACAAAAGACAUGUAACAUAUAAAUGUAAACAAAAACAAAUAUAUAACCAAUACAAGUAUCAUACUCCAUCAAAAGCUAAGGUGAACAAGUGCGUUUUCAGUUGGGUUUUAAAAGUAGAGAGACUAUUUGCAGUACACACACUUAGGGGUAGUGCAUUCCACAAAGUAGGAGCUGCAACCGCAAACGCUCACUCCCCUCUGGAUUCUAAAAAACGAAAGAGGCACGUCUAAGACGACUCGGUCAGCAGACCUAAGGGCUCUGGAGGGCUGGUGUAGAUUAACAAGGUCAGCCAAGUACUCUGGGGCCAGCCCAUUCAGAGAUUAAAAACAAAAGAAUCUUAAAAACGAUCCUGUACCUAACUGGAAGCCAGUGUAGAGAAGAGAGCACUGGAGUUAUGUGCUCACGCUUCUUGGUGCCAGAAAGGAGGCAAGCUGCCGCGUUCUGCACGAGCUGCAGGCGGUUACGCUCAGCCUGAUCAAUUCUGAAGUAAAGGGAAUCGCAGUAAUCCAGGCGAGAAGUAAUAAAAGAAUGGAUUACUGUCCAUAAGCUCAUCUGUACUGUUGCUCUGAUGUCUCAUCUUUCUCUUGAUCCUCUUCGGGGUUCAGUUCAGUCAGGUCCAGUAAUGCCAUGACCAGCAAAUCAGUUUCUGGUGGUUUUGGCACUGUAGUCAGGGUCCAGGUCCUGCUGGAAAAGGAAAUCUGUUUUUCCAUAAAGCUUCUCAGCAGAUGAAGCACAUCUCUGGUUCAGGAGGGUCUUGACAGCAGGAACACUUGUAGUCCUUUUCCUGGACUCAUCUGUGUGUAGAGGCUCUAGAUCAUAGACUGCAUAUAGAGUGGACGCAGUCUGCCUCCUCGCUGGGUGAAGGCACCAUGAGAACAGCACCCUCUGGUGAUGGGCUGCAGUAUAGGUCAUAAAUCCCGCCUCCUCCAGCUAUCCCUAUGAAGCUGUGGACAAACUUUAGAAAUUUAUUACACAGAACAUAAAUUUUUCUCCCCCCUGCUUGUGAUGUUGACAUGUAGUUAUUGUAAGACUGGUUUGUGCUCAAGUCCUCUUUUUUUCUGUACAGCUCCAUUUUUAAAAGUUAUAAGGGGGUUCAUAUUUUCUAUGAUUGACACCUGAUACAGCCUAUGGGCGUACGAAGAUUGCGUAGCUCACCUGGGGGAUACGCUGUUUGAGCCAAGCGUCAUCACAGCGACUCUCCCGCUGAAUGCGUACAACGCUGCUGCGCAAGUAGUGGUUCCAGGAAGUGGAGAAAAUCAUGGAAAUUUGUAUAAUGAUGGAAGGUGGAAUCAAGUUGUCCAUACUAUAUACAGUCUAUGCUCUUGAUAUUCUGACUCUAGCCUCAGUCCAGUCCUUAUGGAGCACCUCUAAGUUCUUGAAUCUUCCUUGUUUGUCAGUCCUCUCCAGGCUGCUUUCAUCCCUGUUUCUUGGUCUCCUUUUCCUCCCUCACUUUUCCCUUUGUUCAACUUCCUGCUUCAUCCAGACUUUCCAGCAGUGACCUCCUGACCUCACCCAUUGAGGACCAUCUCAUGACUGUGGUUAUGUGUGUUGAACCACAGUAAGAUAUUAAAGGCUCAGGAAACCCUUACAGGUGUUUAGAGUGAAUCAGCUGAUCAGAGCUGGACCAAUCAGGACUGAAAGAACUGACAAGAAACAGGACUUUUACACAAUAUCCUAUUGUGGAUCUGUUUUCAUGAGCUGUACUCUGUAACCAUCAGGAUUUAAUAGCAAAAGUCUUGAAAUGUUUCACUUUGUGAUGAAUCUCGACUCUUUUAUUUUUUAAAUUAAAUCAUUUUAAUUAAAUCAUGGGGAAAAUUUUAUCUUUUUUAGGACAUUCAAACUUCUGAGGUGACAAAAUGAACUCUGAUCAGACUGAAAUCAAAUGAAAGGGCAAAGGUGUGUUGUUGGGUGUGCAGUAAUUCAGUGUCCAAAGUCCAUCGAUUUAUUCAUCGAACAUUUAUUCAAGCUUCAUUUUUCUACUGACAUGGUAAGAGUGUUUAUUGGAUCAGGAGUGACUGAAAACAAAAUUAUGAGCUAUUAAGGAACACAACGCAUGAUGUAAAUUUUAACAGUGCAUAGAUCAUUUAACAGUCUUAAGCCAGAAGCAUACUAAUAACCCUAUAGAUCAAUAAAGUUUAAAGACAGGGGCUCAAAAUUUAACUAUUCCAGUUCCUCAAGAGUAAGCAUAGCCUCAUUUUUACUCUCCUGUAAUGUAGAAAAGUGGAAGUUGUUUCAUUUUAGAUCAAUUUCAACCAGGCAGCUUAGAUAAAAAUUGACUCGAUUAACAAUAUGCUCAGACCUCUCUCAUUAAAACUGGAUUUUAUGGUUUAAAGAGUUAAAGACAUGAGUUUAUAGAGCUAUACAAACAAUAGAAAAGUUUCUUUACAAUUUUUUGUUUUUAUAUAAAUUGCUGUAUAUAUAAAUGAACUGACAGAAAGCUUUUUUUAUUUAAGUGUUUUGUACCAGUUAUCUUUGUAAAGCCUCAGAAUCAAACAGUGGCAGAUAUGGUUUAGCUCUGGUUAUCCAGCAAAGAUCAGUAGAAACCCCAUCAGAGGGUAUACAGGUAUGAAAGGUGUGUCACUGCUCAAUUACAGUACUAGGAAAGAUAACAGAUACUUAACAUAGACUUUAUCUUUGGGUGGAUUUAUGAACAAGCAAAGUAAACAACACACAAGAAGAAUAUGCAAACUGCAAGGUUUCUGUAGCGGUGCAGUCCCCCCGUUUGAAGAUGACUCCUUGGGAUUAAGGGCUCCAAAGACUAAUUUUUGGAUAAGCAUGUUGAUAACUGCUGGUUUUAGCACUACUAGAAACUGGAACACAUCAAAACAGAUUCAGUUUCAAUUGGGUGUUCAGUUGAGUAUCACAGCGGUUCAUGUAAAUGUGAUCAGAUAUUCUGGGUAUGCGAGUAUGUCAUUAAACACAACAAAUAUGGUUGGAGGGACAUUAUGGUCAGUCACGCUGUCAUACAGGUCUGAGGAACUCCCAGAAGGCUUGCUUGGUGGGGCAAGCAGACCAUUUCUACCCGGGGCGUAGUCUCCAACCAAGACUCUGGCCUGGUACAUGCGCUUGUGCCCUUUAGAGUCAGGUCUGGCGUAGCCUUGUGCUGAGUAGCAUGGAUCCACAGCAAAGUAAGCGCCAUUACCGUACAUUGCACCUGCAAACAAAAAGACACUGAGAAUCAGGUCUCAUUCAUAACGUAGUCUGCAUGUAGGCCUGGACCACAUAUCAGCUCCUCAAAAGUGAAGCCAAACACUUGGAGCAUUACCUACUGGCUGGCUGCAGUAUAGGUUAAAAAACUGGAUUCCUCCAUGUUAAGAGAUAGUACCCAACUUAAACUUGAAAAUACCAUCAAAUGAUUUUUUUAGCAGCCAGUCACCAGGGGGAGCUCUCUGGUUUCACUCUGGGAGAGCUGUUCAUUUUGUUACUCAGACGACGGGUCAGAUGUCAGGUUUUUUUUUUACCGUGUUUUCCUGCAUAGCUGCGGUUGAAGCCAUGAGUGUUGAUUUUAUCGAUGGAGUCUGCAGGGGUGCCGUGGUAAAGGCAUUUCUCAUUGUUUUUGUGACCGUUCUUCUUCUCCAGUUGUGCUUUUUUUAUUUGGUAGCUUUGCCACAGUGUUGGAUUUUGGACUCGGUCAAUCUGUAAACAAUUAGAUAAAAACAGAUGUGUCAAAUUUUGACAAAGCUUUGGACAGAACUCUCACUUUUAGUCAGACAGUCAACGUACUGAGAGGAUGUUGGGAGUGAGGCCAGUCUUGGUCAGUUCUGUCUCCACCUCAUUGUACUCUUGGCUCCCUGCAGUCAGAGGGAUCAGCUUCAGGAGGUCACCUUUCAUGUCGUCCCAGUGUUGUGGCAGCGGAGCGCCAGCUGCAAAGAAAACACAAGUAUUUGAGGUUGACCAAAGAUCUUUUUCAAAUACGGGACUUAUAAGGCCGAUGGACUUGGCUGAAGGUCCUGAAGAUGUUUCACCUCAGACACCCUCUCGGCUCUUCUUGUUGAUGGUAUUACACAAACUAUGUUUCUCUGUUUUUCGCCUGUUGGUGGACGAACUUCUGUUGGUUUGACAGUUUGAAGGUUAUUCAUUUCUUUAAAGUCGUCCUGAGUUUCUGCAAUACCUCAGACAAGUUUAAAAUGUCAAACUGGUUUGUUUCUCCUCUUCCAUUUGUCUUAAAGGGGCCUCUGUCUGGAUUUAGGCCACUGUCCCUUUAAGCAUUCUGGAAGCCUCCUUCACUGUUGCCAUGACAAAUUUGCCCUUUUAAGGAAAUUUACUGUCUGCUAAUGUCACUAUUUGAGCAAAUCUCUGAAUUCUCGUGUGACUUUAUGAACAAAACAUUCAGAGCCCCCUGUAGUCCCAUUUGGGGAUCACAUCAACACACAUGAACCUUUAACCUGAAACCUUGCUCAGGUAAACAGAUGUCAAACACUUGAUCUUCAUGUUUGUUUUCAAAAUACAGAAAAGCAGAAUACAGCCUCAGAUUAAACAUCUUGGACUCUGACAGAACACAUUUCAUCACAAAUGUAACAUUGGUCUCUUUUUUGACAUUGUGGAAAUAUCCUGGAAACCCUGGACCUCACCUUUCAGGUCUUUUCUGAGAAGCUCCACCAUUUUCCCAGUUGAAGAAACUGCUUUUUUAAACUUGGGCUCAGCACUGUAGGUUUGGUUGUUGAUCUUGAUCUUCACAUUUUCCUUUUUCUCCAGAGCCUCCUCCAGUUUGAGAUUGGUCAAAAUGUCAAAGGUCACCAUCGACCCAUUGGGAUGCUGAAACUGCCACUCUACCAGUGAGCUCACCAGCAGGGCUCUGCUCUUCAAGGCCUCUUCUCUCUCCACUCGACGUAUGAUAUCCCUGAAGACACAAUCAGAGACAUGUAAAGAAACAAAAUAUAAACGUCAAAAUAUUAAUUCUCUUUAAGGCGUGGAGAAGAAUCUGCUGACCUGACUGAAGACUCGGCUGCAUAGACGUCUCUGGUGAGACCCUCCAGGUGAAUUUUGGACUCCUCGUCCUCCUGUCCUCUCUCAAGGCGGAUACUGACUGUCAGGUUCCGCUGCAGCUCCCUCAGCUGGUUUAAAUCCUCCUGAGACAGCUUACAGAUAUAGAAGUCUGAGAUGGUUUUCUUUGCCUGCUCUGCCACGAUCAGCUCCUCAAUCCUCUUCUUGGCCAGGUUCAGACUCUGCAGAGGCGUAGCAUCGCGGACUUUGGUUAUCACUUGUAAUAUUUAUAUUAAUUCCUCCUGAGUGUUCACUGAGUGUUAUCUUCACUUUCAAGAGUUUAACCAGGAGCUUAGUUAUUUCAUGAUACCAAUAACAAAACAUUUCUCUGUGAUCUUUGGUUUUGGAUAUUUUUUUUAAAAAAAGUAUGAGUAGGGAAAAAGAAAAUCUAAAACAGAAGUCAAGAGUUUCCUGUUCACCAUUUCGUUGUCAGCGCAGAGCUGGAACUCUGUCAGCCCAAAGUCCUCUGUCUCCAGGACCAAGUUAUUACGACUGGACCCCUCGGAAUGUCCCGAGAAUAAUGAGCUGAAGGUGCCUGAAACAGCAUCUGAACACACACAGGGUUGUUUUUCAGUAGUUAGUGAAUUUCAUCCAACCUUUAUUCUGGAGUCAGUAAUUUAUCAUGAUGUUUAGUACGAGGCACAUAAAUAAUCACAAACAUGAAAACUACAUCAAAAUUAAGUAAUUAUUCAAGUCAGAAAUGAAAGGAAUCGUUUGCAGAGAAAGGAAGGCAUGAUUAAAAACAGCUACCUCCUGAUAAGACCAGUUUUUUUCACAAAGUACAUCUGACUGUUAAAGAUGAAGCGCUAACUUCAUCACCUGAAGUGCAAUAAUGAGUUUUAGCAAAUCUUGUUUCAUCAGGCUGUUAAAAUGACCUUUGAGCUUGGUGAAGAUGCUCUUCUCCUCCAGCUCCUCGCCCUCUCUCUUCUUCAUGCUCUUGUGAAACUCCAUCACCAUGGACGUCUGAAAGAUCAGGAUCUUAACGCUGCGGACAGACUUGGGGUGCUUCUUCCUCACAAAGUCCACCACUGCCUCCACCAUGGCGUCAGCCACCAAGGAAGGGCUGGCCCCUCCCACACCUAACAGGCAGACAAAGUGCCAGUUUGGAUGAUGAUGGUGAAGAUGAUGAUGAUGAUGGUGCAAGGAUAUAAAAGAAUCUGAACAGUCUGUGACACUAUGAGGUGAGAGGUGAAAUUUGACUAAAUACAGUCUGUGGCUGUAACACACUAAGGUGUCUGAAUAGAAAACUCCGAAUCAAAAUCUGACCAUCAGUUCAAACAACAUGGCUGCAUGGGAAACGAAUAAAACGUCAGGAAUGACUAAUUUUAAAAAAGAAAAUCCAAAAGAUGAGGAUGGGAAUGUCAGAGAGAAGCAGUUCAGUAUCUUCUGGAGAAAAAGUGCCACAGAGUGCUAAUGGAUGAUGGAAACACCUCUGUGUUUGUACAGACCUGUUCCAAGAGCCGGGAAGGCGACAGACCGGAACCUGUUCUCCUCACACACCUUCAGCACCGAGUACACUAUUUCCUUGAUCUUCAUGGGGUCGUUUUGUCCCACAACAUGGAUAAUGUUCCUGCUGGGCAGAUGCCCGGCCGAGGUCAGGAUCCAUGGACGAGACUGGUAUCCAGGAGAUUGUACUGCAAGCAGGAACCAAAGAACUCACAUACUGUAGUGAUGUAGAUUUGAACUGUGUGAAGGUGAGGCAAAGAUCAUAGUGAGUGUUGAUAAAUGGUGGUUUAACUCUAGCUACGUACCAAUCUGUGUGCACUCCAUCUGAACUCCCAUUCCAGCACUGUCUAAGAUGGCCUUGGACACUCCUGAGAUUUCAUAUAAGAAAACAACAGUUCAAAAAAUAAAGUUGAAAUAGGCCUGAGAUAAAAAUGUUGCUGUAGCUUCACCCUCUAAAGUGGUACUGGUGUCAGUUUAUAUCUGUUCAUCCUCUAUUCAGAUCAGCCUUAAAGUCCCACUCUGAUCGUAUUUUUUUAUUAUUUAAAGUGUUAUCGGUGGUCUUUAAAUUGUGAUUAUGAAGUUUUUAGCAAGGCCUUUUCUUCUGCAGAGCUCCAGUAGCUCAUUAGCAAUUCACCUCUGAGUCGUGGGUGGAGACAGCGCUGCUCCGCCCACUCCUCUUCACACUCGUCUUCACGUUAGUUUGUAGCCUAACAUUGUCGGUGUAGUAGAAGUGGCAGGUAACAUAGGAGCUAUUCAGCUCUCAGACACUAAUGUCUUUGGGGACACGAUGAUAGUUAAGAUCAUAGUUAGCUUUCUUACGAGCAUUGCAAUCCGCUAACACACUUAUUCUGCGAUCGUCCUCUCUACUUCUUAAAAUUGUGAUGUAGGAGGAAAUCUCACUGUGUCUGAACCUGCCGUUUGGGUCUGCUAGAAGUUUACAGUGAUUUGAAUGAAGAAAUACUCAGAAAUGCAAUUUUGAUCUUAUUUUUCUCAUGAUAUGUCUUGUCGCAUCAGAAAAAUGCCAUAUGAACAUGUAGACAACAAGAAAAACAUGAUUUUCAUCGGAGUGGGUCUUGAAAGCCUUAGGGUUUCCCCCACAUGCAAUUGAUCAUGGUGCACAUGGUAUAGCAAAAUAAAGUCUGCCACACCUUAAAAUGAGGGUUUUUUUUAUGUGGCACUACCUCAGACUCAGUAUGUAUUAGGAUAUAUGGUGCACACAGGCGCUGUUCCACAGGGCCCAUGUGCCAAAUAUUAGCAUUAGCAAGCUGCGAUCACACAGCUGAUCAAUUAACAACCCCCCCCCCCUCCCCCCAAAUCACACAUCACCACCACCACAGAUAGAUUCCCAUCCUGUGAGAAACGCUGAGCCCCAUCAUAAGAUUUAUCCACAGAAUAGAGGUGUAAACAUUUCAGUAUAGCAGUAAAGUAAGUAUAUGUGAUGUUAACUAAUCGAUUUACUGAGACUUAUUUACACCUGGACAGAGAAAAGGUGACAAGGACCAGAGUAGUCACCUGACUGAAGGUUAAAGUUGUGAUUGGAGGAGUUGAUGAUGGCAUCACAUCUUUCCUUGGUGAUGUCUCCAGACGACACCUCCAGAGUGAUCGUCCCCAUCUGCAUCUGAUACACACCAAGGGAUGUGGAUGACACCUGGCCAAAGAAGGCUAAGACACACAAGGACACCAAAUCUAAGGAUUUCAUCAUCCAUAUAAUACAGCUAAAAGAUUCAGAAGAUCUGGAGACAUCUCUGUACAAACUAUUACUAGAAGCAGCAGUGCAUUAAAAACAGACUGGACUCUGUAGUGGAAAGCACUACAUGGGCUCAAAAUCACUGCUGGGUUAGUAAAGUCCACUAGGAUUUAAAAGUUAAAAACCAACACUCUCGAGUCCUCUUACCUGACCUCUGCUGUGGCUGGGGGGGUGAUUGCACAGAUGCCGAAUCCACAAAUUCCCAGGAUUCAGGCUGGAAGCUCCUCUGAGAAGUCUGACCUUUGAAAUCCCGGGUGAAACGCUGCCAGACAGAAGAGUGGCAGAAUAACCAGAAUCAGGUCAACUGACCUUAGAAUCAGCAGACAGCAGUUUUUAAGCAGUUACGCUGACACAAGGAAGGAAGUCACAAAUCUGCAUUGAACGACUUUCUAGACGAUGUUGAGGAAAUUUGCCACUAAAGUCAAAAGCCUCAAUCUAGAACAGGUUGGUAGCUGCACUCACAUACAGAUAUCUGUCAGAUGGGAGCCAAUUCUGUCAUUAAGGUGGACUGUGUUAUGCCUGCUUUGCUCUUUGUACUGGUAGUUAAUUCUGCUGUAACCUGACUGGUGACUCAGACCACAAACAACUACUAUAACUAAUGGAAGAGAUUAUAUAGCCAUUAUUUUUGGUAAAUGGUCAAUGAACCUGAGGAAACAGCACAGGUGUCACCUCCACAUCAUGAUAAGACAUGCCCUGCUAAUCUGACCCACAUGAAAACUCACAUCCACAGUUUGGCUGUCACUUGGAUGAACGACAAUAGUCACUUCUUUGAGAUAGUGAGGAGUUUUUCUGCCACUGAAGCUGUGGAUUUCGCUCAGCAGGACUCUGGACACCACGUCUCUGGGGAAGCCCAGGUUUCCUGUACCGAUGGCUGGGAAGGAGAGUGACGCCAUCUUGAGAUUCUCUGCGUUUACCAGACAUUGUCUAAUGAUGGUGAUCAACAUCUAGGACAAAAAAAUAGGAUGCACAUGUAAGACUGCAUAGACAAGGACUGAAGGAUUCACAGGAUUCAAAGCAGUUUUGUUUGUCAUUCCAGUCUACAAGAGAGAAGAACAAAACUAGUAAUGAGGUCCCAGUAUCAGCCAUAAGAAAUGUAAGACAUAAGACAUAUAAAAGAGAAUGUUAAAAAAAUGUAAAUAAAAACCUAAAAGAAUCAUAAUAAAAUCAACAAGAGCAGACAUGUUAGGGACUAGGGCUGUUUCACCUCUCCAUCAUAGAAAACUAGUAUUCUGAUAACUAUGGUAAAAACAGCACAAUACUGCUCCACAGCUGAGCUGACUCGAUGAGUUCAGAUCUAAUGAUGUUCAAAGUUAGGUUUCAGUUAGCUGUCUUUUAUACUUCAGGUCUUAGAUUAAACUCCCUCACCUCUUCUGCCUGUCCACCUCCAUUGUCCCAGACAGGGCAAACUACAUGAAAGACCUUCCGACACAUGAGAUUGAAGCCGUCAGUGAUGACCACAUCGCCGAACUGCAGCGUGGCCACGCCUGCUUCUGACUUAACAGCUCCCUGCAGACCAGGUCCAGCCACCUUCAGAAUAGCAUUGGAAACAACUCCCUGUUGCAGGUUCAUGCUGUCUGCGAUGGUGUUGACAAUGACGUUUGUCUGCAGAUGAAAAGUCACAUCAUCAUUCACAAAAAUGAUGAAAAAGAGAAAAAGUCUGUGCAAAUCUAAUCAAAGUGAAUGACCUCAGAGGAUUGUGAUAUUUACUGACUGUCUCAUAAGACAGGCGGGCGGUGUACUAUCAAUAGCUCUCGUCUUUAUAUGAAGUCCUGACAAUUUCCAGAAGUUUUCUAGACUUUAAGGUCCCAGGGGAUGCUAAACCACUGGUCUGAAGCCCAUUGUCACCUGUUAAGCAAGUGCUGUAGUAAACUUUUGUUCAGUUUCCUUCCACUUUAGUGGUGGCUCACACACUGCUGGCUUUUGUGACACUGCUGCCUUGCAACAGCACCUUAAUUAGUUGCACUUGAAUGCUUGAGGAAAUGGCAACAAGGUUAUCCACAACAAUUUUUCCAGAAACCAGACUACUAUGGCCUAAGGUUGAUCUUCUGCCAUGGAGUAAAUAUUUUCAUCUGAACUACCCAACCCAUACCAGAUCAGGGUCUUAAAUCCACGUCUUUAAACUCAUCACUGAGUCAGUACUCACAGUCUGGUCCUGAAUGUUUCCCUUCCAAAGAACAAUCUUCAGACCCUCAGCCGUGGUCUGCUCCAGCUUCCCUGACCUGCAGAUAUUCAAAGUAAGAAUCAUCACCGUGGGAUUGGUCACUUUUAAGACUUGAAGUGUUUGUUUCUGUUGUUGUGAGAUUGUAGAGGGAUCUCAGAAAAGCCAAGAAAACUGCUGAGAGAAAAGAAAGAACGAAGAAAGAACAAAAAAACAAAGAUGAAGAAGGAUGUUACCCUUCAUGCCCUCCAUGUCUCAUGUGUCCUCUGAGGCUCUGAGCUCCUCUGUCAGCUCCUCGUCCUCCCCUGGAGUGUCCUCCAGCUCCUCGUCCUCCUCCAUAUUGUCCUCCUCUUCCUCUUUCACUUGAGUGUCGCCCCCUUGGUGAAUUUCCUUUGUUUCCACCUCUACCUCGACCCCGCUGAUAUCUGCUGGAAAGUCAACAACAACUCUCAAACACAUAAGAAUCCAACUCCUCAAAACAGUGAGAGUAAUAAAAGAGUUUUUUUAUCUUUACCCUGAAGCUUGAGGUCUCGAGGGUCCUGUCUGCGAUGGCAUUGUCAUUGUGGGAUUGAGGUCACUGAACUCUCUAUCGACGGCUCUGGCCAGGACUCUCACAGUGUUAUCAUUGUUGUCCACAAGGUGAAUCUCAGUCAGGGAUCCAGAACCUCCUGGAUUGUCACAGUAUUCCCGCAGUGCCUGAGCUAUGGUCUCAGCACAGAGGUCAACAGGAAAGCCAAACACACCUGAGCUAAUGGCCGGCAGAGCAAUGGUGGAGCAGUUGACUUUCACUGCCUCCUUCAGACUCUUUUGAACCGCACGCUUCAGACGUAACACUGCCGUCUGCCUGUCAAAUUCAGAGAACCGGGGACCAACUGCAUGCACAAUAUACUUGCACGGUAGGUUACAUCCUCCUGUUACAAUGGCUUCACCGGGGCGGAGCUUUCCGAAUUUAGAAACAUAGUCAUCACUAAUUUUCUGCAGCUCUGGUCCUGCAGCAUUUAGCAACGCCAGAGCCAAACCGCCAAUGUGCUGCAAGUCCUCAUUGGCUGCGUUGACCACUGCAUCAACGCCAAAACUACAGAUGUUUGCCUUGCUCACAGACACCAGGACUCCACUGGCUGUCUUUACCUUGCAAUAACUGACGCCACCUUCUUCCUCAUAGUUCUCCUCCUCCUCCUCCUCCUCCUCUUCCUCAUCAUUCUCUGGGCGAAGAAUCACCACACAGCAAAACUCUGCCAUUAUGUUGGACAGAAACAAGCUCCCCUGGGACUGGAAGUACUUCUUUGCUCCAGGUUUGUUCACACUGAAGUUGUCAAUGAAGAGAGACUCGGCUAUUUCUCUGAAACAGGAUUUGGCGUUUUGGACAUGAAGACGGGCUCCAGUGAUGCGGAUUCGUUUCCUCAGCAAAUCAAAAUUCACGUCUACCUCAUGGUCUUUGACAAUACUGAUACAUUCUUGAGAUUUCCUCUUUUCAAUGAACUGAACAACAGCACAGGACUUCAAAGGGACGCUGUCUUGGAUUUGCGAGUAGUUUGAAAUGAAUUGCAUCAGACUACAGCUGACCUCUUUCACUGGAGUUGUGAAGCCAGCGACCACCACUUUGUCUCUUCUGCCUGGGUGGAUCUGGAUUGACACUGUGUUCCCUUUUGAGGAGUUGAAGCUCUCCAAAAGCUGUUGUUUCAAGGGAGUCAAGCCGGGAAGUUUUAGAACUUCUUGAUCUUCCACAUCUAGAGUUUCGGUAGAUAAAACCUCCUUUAUCUUAUUUUCUGCCCUAGCAAGGGCACUGUCAGAGAUCCCCUGCAGGAAAACCUCCUUGUUGUCAACACGGAAGAUAGCACUGAUGCCUUGAGAUGUGAACAGAUGCUGAGACAUGGUCAUAGGAUCUACGGUCUUGAGAAACUCUACAAGACUUGGGAGGAUGUCAAUCUGUUUUUUACUCAUACUCAUAUUCCUCUCCAAGAUCCAUGACUUCAUCUUGUUAACCUCUGCAACCAGCCCUUCAAUGCUUAGCUUCUGGGUAUUUUUAUUGUAGGAGAGCUUCAUAUCAGGGGAGAUGUCCCCAGCAGCCUUCUGCAGUCCAUCCUGUUGCAGGAUGUUGUACAAUGCAGGGGGCAGAUUGAGUGACUCUGAAAUACCAUUUGUUUGUCGUUCAAUUUGGUCCAUGGCUUCAAGUAUGAUGUUCUCCACAGGAGCCCUGAUUCUUUUCAUAUUGUCAGCGUGAGCAGCCACAGUCAAAACCCCCCUGGAUUCAUCCAGAAUCAGGACAGCAUCUUCCCUGACAACAGACCGGACUUCUUUCUCUGCAGCUUUCCAGGCAGGUCUGCUUGCAGGACACUCAAACGCUACGUACUGAGACAGUAAUCGACGGAAGGCGUCUCGGGCCGUGCUCUGCCACGUAUCUACUUGUUGGGCAGUGAGACCUUUCUGCCUCAGAUAAUUUGGAACAGGACUUAGCUUUGCUUCGGGUCUGUCCAUGUUUACACUGCAGUGGUACAGACGCAUCUGCUUGUUUAUGGUGUCAAACAGUUUCUUCAUCUCCAGGAAUUUCCAGACAACACUCAGAACACUCUCUGUGAAGGCCUCAGGCAUCUUCCACGCAGGUCGUUCUUUUCCAUACAAGGCGGUGCCCAAGGACUUGAAGUACGGAUACACCUUGACAGGAGUUGAGCCGAUUGAAUGGUCAUGUUUGAUGCAAAUGCUUUCUACAACUAUGUUGGGGAAAAAAACAGAGAGCCAGGGUUAGUAGUUGUUUCAAACAAUGAGACAAUGAAGUAGUCGUGAAUUUCUAUUGGGGACUGGUAUUCUGGGUCAAAGGUUGGGCUAUCUCAUGGUUGUAUAGUUGCAUGUCUGUCCUUGCAGUUAUUUUUUAGUUUGGUGUCACUGCACUUGUUUAACAUUUGUUUAAAGCAUGAACUCAAACAUGGCACAGUAAGAAAGCAGUAGGGUUGAGCUGAGAACCUUUGGGGUCCCUGAAAGUGACGAUGGCGGCCUCUUCUUCUGGGAUCACAUCAAUGCUUUCAGGCUGGACCCAGUUUUUCUCAAAGUACAUGUCCAGCAUGCCUGAAAAAAUUUCAGAAAUAAAGAUCCCAACAGCGUGAAGCACAAGUAAUCUUUCUAAAAAAAAGGUGUCAAGACUGCAAUCCUCAAACACAGUAGCUUGAGCUGAACAGCAAUGGGACAGUUUUUACCUUCAACCACACGAGGAGAAAGAUUCUCCACUCGGAUACUCUUCGCUGCCUCCAGCUGCCAGGCGGUCAGUUUGUAUUUCUGCAGCUUCUGGUUGGACUGACUCACAGUAAGGAACUUCUCCGCAUCUGAAAAACACUCUGUGUUACUCUUUGGGGCUCAGCAGAUGACAGAACCACCAAUUUAAUGAAUAAAGAGGCCAAUGUACAGGUAACUGUUUCAGGAUCUGUUCAAUCUACUAUUUUAUCUUUGCUUUUUGGCUUUACUCUUGGUAGUAAUCAGGCCUUUUUGUGCCACAGUUCUUACACACUGAGCUCCUUUCCCUCCUUCUCCAUCCUCUUUCUUUCUAUGUCCUUAACUUUGAAUCAUCAUCAGAGUCACUAAUACAAUCUUUUCACAUGAUAUGUAACACAGCAGCCAGUACAGUAUCACCAAUCACCAUUGUUAAAGUCCAAUGUAAACAUCAGUAAAAUCACAGUCUUUAAAAACUUGUGUUAUACUGAUGUAACAUUUGCUCUCACAUUGUCGGUUUUUACUUCAGUCCUGUAGUCCACUUUAUUAACAUCAUGUUUGAUUCUACCUGCAGGGCGCUUGAAGGUGACCACGGCUUUGCUGCUCUCCAGGAUGAUCUCCAGGUCAAAAAAACUGUCGUCCACUCCAGAGACGUUCUCCACCAGCAUCUGCAGCAGAUCUCUGGGUGUGGCGUCCACAACGUUGUCCAAAACCACAGACAGGCUCUGAAUGGGAUCUGAGAGGGGACAAAUCAAACUGUCUUCACCUUCAAUCAUCCUUCAUUUCUUGAUCUGUUUUAAACUUUCACAGAUCUGAUCCUUCCUGUCUAAUUUCCAAAAGCUUCAAGUGUGGAUCUUUAAAAACAACAAAACAGACAACUUUUGUAGAAUUAGAAAACUAGAAUAGGAACCAUAAAAACUGCACAUUUGCACAGAACUUUUGUCAUUUCUAUACAUUCUAACAGGAAGCUUAUACCGUCUGUCUCCUUUGCAGAGGCUCCAGCUUCAGGCUCCACUUCUGACUUUGGAGUCUCUUGAUCAGUUGAUGGAGUCUUUGAAUCGAUGGAUGAAUCUGUGGAUGGAAACAAACAGGUUUGAUACGUUAAAAUUAAUAGAUUCUUUAAAAAGAAGAAAGUAUUAAACAAAUUAAAACCUUUAAUUAAGUAGGUAUUGUUUGUGUAAGUGGCUGAUGGGAAUAAUAUACUUGAAACUUGUUAUAAAGUCUGGUGUAAGUCCGUCUUUCCUCUGUCAGGGAUCAAAUUGGCACAGAAUUAACCUACCAACAGUUCAUCUUUCUAGAUCACAGACUGAUAUGUCUCCAUUUUCUGUACCACAGAGCUUCAUCAUCCACACUGUGUUGAAUUACAAAGUUGAAUAGUUUCGUAGUUUAGCUUCACUUGACUAACUUAUUUCAUCCUGCUGCACGGGAAACAAAAUACAGCACCAAAAAGGUUUCACAUAAAUGUUCAUAAGCAGUCAUUUCAAGUCUUGUCAACAAGAAUAAAAAUUCAUUUGAAUCACCAAAAUCAUUGAUUACAUUAGUACAACUAAAAUAAUCAACAUGUUUUACCCGAGAGUAGACUAAAAAUACAAAAGCAGUGAUUUCUGUGAACACGCUCUCACCUGAAACAUCAGCACUGUUGGUCGAACGCUAAAAAGAAGAAAAAAAGUUAAUUCACUCAUGAUGAAAUGUUUACAGAAGAUCUAAAAGUGUCUAAGAUCUGUUUCAUGUUAAAACCACUAACGGCUUUUCUGUUUUACAGAAAGAUAAGCAAGGAUUUGGGUGGCUCCACCUCUUCAGUCUAUGCGACACACAUGGCCCCUGCACUGCGGAGCAUGCACAUGCCGAGUAGGGAUGGGCGAUAUAGGCUAAAAAAAAUUAUCAGAAUAAGAUUUGCCAUUCUGGCGACAACGAUAAAAGUCCUGAUAAAAAACAUUACAAUUCCAAUCUCUAUUUUUGACUCAUUUUGAGAACACCAGUUGGCGUAGUCAAAUAAGAUACUUAACCACAAGUUUAAGUGGUAGGUUAUGGAAAAAACUAAUGACAUCAAACAAGUCUCAAAUGUGAAAACAUUUUCAACAUUUAUUGAAAACUCUUCCUGAUUGCACUCAUCUAAACCAAAAUCUUGAAGGAAAUCCCGUCACAUGGAGCCUCGUUCAGCUACAAGCUGCUCAGAAAGUCUUCUUCAUUACCUUCGGCCAUGUUUGUUUGUUAUUCUGCUCUGUGUGGGCUAUGGCUGCGAGUCCGGCGCUCGUGCUUCCGUCAUCAACUUGUAUUAAUCAUAUUUAUCAUGAUAUGGCAAAUAUUUCUUGUGGAGAAUUUUUCUGAUGAUAUACCGUAAACGAUAAUUUAUCGCACAUCCCUAAUGCCGAGUAUUAGCAUCGGCGAGUGGUCUUUUGCCUGUCUGUCCUUCUGUCUGUCUGCUUAAAGGCAGAUUUUAUUUUCACCCUAAUCCAGAAAUAUUAAAACUCAUUUUAAUGCUUUUAUUAUGAAAUUUAAUUCAUAAAGUCAGAUUUUCUUUCUUAAUUUGGUUUCAGUGAUUCUCUCUUGAUCAGGUCAGUCAAACUUCUGUGAAGAGUUUCUGGGACAGACUAAGAUAAUACUGAUGGCUCUGUGGAAUAAAGAGUAUUGAUAAGGGACACUGUACACUGUAAACCUAACCUGCUCACAGGACUGUUUGGUUAAAUAUUAGUAUUUGUUUUACUGUUGUCAUGUUUAUAUAAUUUGUUCAACAUGUUUCUGUAUCUGAACAAAAGCUAACCCUGAAUCUCACAUGUAUUUCAGAGUUGUCAUCUCUGAAACAGUAUUUAUGGCCGUUUUAAAGCUACUCUCUGUGUAAAUGUUUAACCUCUUUUUAUAGACUUUUAAAAUUAUGACACCUCCCUCUCCUGACUUUUUCUGCCCCACCCUGAUCAUUUUCACAGCAGCCUGAAAAGCUCCUCUGGGUCUCAAUUUACAGUUAAUGUCUGACACAUUGAUUUAAAAGCAGAAGGUGGUGAUGAAAAACUCAGUUUGACUUACAGGCUCAGAGCUUAGGCGUAACUUCACGGUUUUACCAUCCAGGAUGAUUUCGUGGUUUUGACGGGCGCAGACUCUCUCUUUCACUGAAAUCACAUAAACACCAAUCAGUUCAAUUAUAAUCGACAGUUCCCUUAUUCUGUUUGAAUAAACCAAGAUUUUAGGUCAUUUUCUGACAAGAAUAAAGUCCUCAAGUUCAAAGAAUAAAGAGGUGUAAAGUUCUAGUUUUGUUUCAUGGUCUGGACAAAAAUAAGGACAGUGGAGCAUCUGGUUAAAGUGUCUCUAAUGUUUUGUCUCAGCUCCACAUUGUAAUUAGUUGCAGGGCUCUGAAAAGACUGAGCAAAAAGCUGAGACCUGUGUCUCCACCUUUCCUCAGUCGAAACAUCUUGCAGGAUCUCUGAAAGCAGCACUACCAGCUGCCCAGUGAUAAAUAAAUCACAUUGGGUUUCUGCAAGUUGGUCCGUUCUCAGCUAUCAUAGAAAAACAUGGCUGUGCAACAUGGCAGCCUCCACAGUGAGGACCCACUGCCUCUAUAUUGUAAAAGCUUUUCCCUAAGUCAUCAGAAAUGAAACGACUAUGAUAUUCUUGUCAAUAUAAACUAAUUUAAACAAACUUUUGCGAAACACAUUAAAUGUCUUUAAAGAAACACUGUAAAAUUUUGCAUAAUGCAUCUUUAAGUGGACUCUGUAUUAUUGUUGCAUUAAAGGAGGUUUUAAAAGCAGCUGUUAGGAUUAUAAACUCCUCAGAAAAAAAAUAUUCACUGAGGUGAUAAUUUGACUGAGAGAUACAUGCUCUUUUUCAGUGGCAAGUUUUUCCUUGCCACUGUUACUCAUGUUGGAUGAGAUGGGUCAAAUCUGUCCCAUCUUAAGGUUGGGUCUUGAUAAUUCAUCAAACAAUGAGCGUGGUCUGGACCUGCUCUUUUUCUUUGGAAAGUGUCUCGGGAUAACAACUUUUGUGAACUGGAAAUAUAUAAAUGAAAUUUGAUUGCCUGAUUGAUUGAUUUUCACUGAUUUUCGAGUAGAUUUUCUUUGGGAACCAGUGGGGCGCCCCUGCUGGUCAAUGGAAACAAUGCAGGUCCAUGGAUUUGCUUUCAAAGCACAAUGAGGUUCACUUCUCAGUCUCCUGAUUUCUUGCAAGGGUGAAGGAGUGGUGCAGUGCAUGCUGGGAAGUCAGGUUAGUGUUGUGCCGUUCACAAACGAAUUGUUUAAAAAGAACAAAUCUUUGAAGUAAAAGUACUUAACUGAAUCACUUCAAGUGAUUCGUUCGUUUCUCAGUUCAGUUGAGCUGUCAACAGUUCAGCUCACGCAGCAUUGCCGGGCAGGCAGCCAGCAAGCCGCUGCAAGAAGGGAGGGACCGUGCGCUGCAUCGCCGACGCAUUUAUCACUCCUGAAUUAUUUUCCUCUGAGGGAUACACUUUCAUGGGGACUGUUGUUUCCCAUUGUUUUAACAGAUUUAGUUACCAGAUAAACAAACUUAAAAUGUUAGGCUGGCAGUGAUGAGAAGAGAGUGAGACUCACCACCUGUAGCAGGCACUAGGCAGGAGGACAGAGGGAGAAAGGGGUGUGUUGUGUUGAAGUGUACCUUGGAGAAAACUAACUUUUUUUUUUUUACUCAGCUUAAUUGCCACUGCAACAACACACUUACAGUAGGACACAGCAUGUAAUAAAUAGUGUAUAAACCCCGCAGUUUGAGAAAAUGCGUGACUGUCUGAUCCUCUCAUUGCAGAAAUUUGCCAGGGAACAGUCAGGUGCAUGUUCAGUGUGAAUCCUUCACUGAAUGUACUGUGGGGUAUACGUUCAGUGAACGACUCACUCACUAAGCCCAAUUUGGCAAUUAGACCAGCUUAAUAGCAAACCACAGGACAGUACACUUAAAACAUCAUGACUUAUAAAAAAGUUAAUUUUUUACAAACGUGUUUGACAAAGCAACACUAUUGUCUCUUGGUCCCGAAAACUGUGAACUGAACUGAAACCAUAACUGUUCAGCUGUGUAUCAGUUCAGUAAGUUGGAGUUGCAGGCUCCUCUGACCAAGCACCGAAUGAUUUGGUGUUUUGGUGAACGAAUCUUUUGAACGAAUCUUUUUAGUGAACUGAUUCCUGUGAUUCGGUACAUCUUGAAGAACUGCCGUGCCCGUCACAAAGUCAGGUGAUGAGAUCUGUUUAUUAACCUUGUAUUUAGGCCGAUCAGAGUUGGGUAAAAAUGGAUUACUAAACAGCCAAAAGUUUCAAUACCAGACUUUAAAUAAGUCAGUUAGGACGACAUAUUUGAGCCUUUUUUAAAGAUUUGGAUCUGAGAGAUUUCAGUGUUUCAGCAAGUGGAGUGGCUCGUUAGUUUUAUUCUAUAAGUGUAUUUAAACUCUGUUUAAAAGUUUGGAACUUGAAUAAGGUCAUAUUUUCUUCCCGUACUCAGGAUUAAGUCCGUGUUUCGUGUUUUAACAGUCAACGCAAACUUACCCUCCUUCGCUCGGAAAUACACGGCUGCUCUCGGGGCUUCGUCCUCCACCUCAACCCGACAGUCUCCUCCGCUGGACUUCUUCUUGCUGUUAAAAUACAGUUCCAGUUUGUUCUUGGCGGUUUUAGUCUGAGCCGGACUCCAAUCCCCCUCCACGGUCACCGGUAGACACUCGUCGUUCUCCUCCAUGUUGCCGUCCUCUUCGAACUCUUCGACAACGACAAACU